AUGGAGGGCAAGGCCGAUCAGCUUGUGGAAGAGGCAGAGAAGUCCCUCAAGGGGUUUUCAUUGUCUAAAUAUUUCGGCGGCGACAAAUACGAAAAGGCUCACGGCAAGUUUAUUCAGGCGGCAACACAAUACAAGGCGUGCAGCAACUACGCAAAGGCUGCCAAGGCAUAUGGGCGAGCUGCUGAGAUGUCAAUGGCUAGUAAGAACGAGGUAGAUGUCACAGCAGAACUUGAGGAUGCCGCGAGAUGCCACGUAAAAGCCAACGAUAAGGAUGCGGCAACGAGGUUGUACAGGCAGGUUGCUGAGUAUUACGAGAGGAACCAAAUGCACAUUCGAGCUGCAAAGACAUGCGUAAGCCUGAGCGAAAUCACGGAGGGGUCUGCUCAGAUCAAGUGGCUUGAGAAGGCUUCCACAUACUAUCGGAUGCAGGGGUCACGGGUGUCAGCAGAUGAGUUGAUACAAAAAGUAGCAGAAGCAAAGGCAAGAAUGGGAGACUAUAAGGGCGCACAUGAGUUGUAUGAACAACUUGCUCGCGAAACACUGAACGACGCUGUGAUGCGUGGUGGGGCGCGAAGGUUGUUCUUUAUGGCGCUUUUGACGCAACUCGCUGGGAUUACGAGGGAAAACUUUAUGGAGGAUCUAGCCGCGCUGCGUGAGCGGUUUGAGGAGUAUCAGGACCUGGACACGCAGUUUGACCACCUCACUCGCGAGCAUAUGCUUGUGCAGGGUGUCAUCGAGGCCAUGGAGGUUGAGAGCGUGGAGAAGAUGGAGGAGGCGAUAGCUGACUAUGAUAACAUCUGUGUGUUGGAUGAGCUGAAGGAAAAGAUGCUUCUCCGCGCCAAGAGAGCACUCGUCGGUCGUCUUGAUGACCUUCGGUAA